UGUGUGUGUGUGUGUGUGAGUGAGGGGGAGGGGUGUAGAGAAUCAGGAGCUGUGAGUAACAGAAGCCUAGUUUUCUGUGGCUUCUUUCUGCAAUCGUUUUACUCACAGGAGAAUGAGAGUGUGGAAUCGUUUAAAAUAUGCAUGGCGGGCUACUGGGAUAGAAUCUUCUUGCUGGCAUUUGUAAUCCACCCUAUGUCUGGCUUUGAAAUUUAUGCAAAAUCAGAAAUGAUCGUGGAAAAUGGGACAGAUGUCAGAUUGUCAUGUACAUUUAAAUCAAACAAGGUUGACCAAAGGACUUUGUCGGUUUAUUGGAGUUUCAAACCAGGAACUGGUGGGAAAGAUCAGCUUAUAUUAUAUUAUUUAGCAGGACAAUCCAAGUCUCAAUUUCCUGACCGCAUUGCUUGGGACGGUAACAUCAACAAGAGCGAUGUUUCCAUUAUUAUAAAGAAUAUUGAUUUUAAAGAUAAUGGAACUUAUACCUGUCAAGUGAUUAAUCCAUUUGACUACAGUAAGACUGCUGCAGAAAUUCUCUUGAGUGUUGUUGAACAAGGUUCUUUACCCGAACAUUCCAUCAUUGCAGGUGCAGUCAUCGGAGCAGUUGUAGGAUUACUGCUAAUUAUUGGCAUUUUGUGCUUUAUCAAGAGAAAGAAAGAUAGUCAACGGAAUGCUUAUAAUAGUUCUGUAGAAAAUGUCUUCCCAACUGAACAACCCCUGAGGAAUUCAGCAGUAUCAGGUGUGAAGGACUCAAUGAAUCAUAGGUCUGUUGGCCCAUUCCAGGGGCCUGUAAUUUAUGCGCAACUGGAUCAUUCUGGACAAAGACAUUCCAACAAGAUCUACAAAUCUGAUUCAGUAGUUUAUUCUGAUAUCCAGAGAUUGUGACUGUAUAGAUCAACAUGUAUUUAACUAAAUAACCUGAACAGAGGAAUAGGUAUGAGUAGCUGAAGUGCCAGCUACUGUUUGUUUUUUUUUCUGUAACAUCUAGUAGUUGAUCUUCUGGACAUAGUAAAAAUAAUACUUUAAGUUUUAAAAAUGUGAUAAUAAGGGACCAUGGUAGGAUGGUAAUCAUCCAUUUAUGAAAAUAUUUCAGGCUUAAUUUGGAAAGCUAUAGUGAAUUGGGAAUGUAUCUGCUCUUAAUAGCUUUAAAUCUGGGGAUUUGCACAUCCAAGCGCUUUAAUAACUAAUGCAUUGUGUUAUGAACAGCUAAGGAAAGGUCACAACUCUUCUCUUUUUAACCAACAUUUUUAGUAAAAUAUUAUUCUUUGUCACAUAGCUAUUGCACUUUAAAUUUAAUUAGCCAGUUCAAAAAAUGAAGGAAAGGAAAAUCCAAAAUUUUCUCAGGUGAAAGAGGAUGGAGUAUGAAUGCCUAUUUCCCUAAAACAAGAAAUAAUACAAUUCAACAACAAACAUUAAAUACAAGUGCUGAGCAUCAAAGUGGGGUGUGUACUAAAGACAGGAAAGACAUGAUCUUAAGAGUCCUUUUGGGUUGAAAAAAAAUGAAAAGACCUGAGUUCAACUAUUUGGCUGCUUUUUGUCUUUUAGAUUAGAUUAGAUUAGACUUACAGUGUGGAAACAGGCCCUUCGGCCCAACAAGUCCACACCGACCAGCCGAAGCGCAACCCACCCAUACCCCUACAUUUACCCCUUACCUAACACUACGGGCAAUUUAGCUUGACCAAUUCACCUCACCCGCACAUCUUUGUGACUGUGGGAGGAAACCGGAGCACCCGGAGGAAACCCACGCAGACACGGGGAGAACGUGCAAACUCCAACACAGUCAGUCGCCUGAGUCGGGAAUUGAACCCGGGUCUACAGGCGCUGUGAGGCAGCAGUGCUAACCACUGUGCCACCGUGCCGCCGUCUUGUUUCCUUUGCAGUGGUGAAGCUUCAGAUAUCCUAGAGUUCUCAGGAAAUUAUUGUUAUUCCAAGUUGCUUUUAAUCGGGUAGUUUCUCAGCUUGAUGAAGAUUGAGAGGCAGGCAGUGGGAAUAGUUCCCAGUAUUUGUGCUGUCCUCCGUCCAUGUUGUUUUCUCUUGUUGGCUUUUUGCUCAAAAGCUUACUGUUCUAACAUUGUCCCUUUGCUUAUUCUGGUGUCUGUGUAAUUGUUUCAUUUUAAGUUUGCUAGUUAUCAGCAACUUUUAGUGGGAGAAAAUUUACGUCACACCUCACUAAAUUUCACUGUCUUUUGAUUAAAAUGGUGAUCCAAAGUAGCUGGUUUAUAUAUUCUAUGUGGGAUUCCUGUGCUUGGAUGAUGGUCACAGCAGUCAUUUUAGGUCAGUAAUAUACUUUUAGUCCUUGAAUUAAUGUCAAAUGAUGAAAGUUGAAUAUUGGCAGCCUAUUUUCACUACUUUUGUAACAGUUGUAAAAUAUUUCUAAUAUGUGGGCUUCAGCAAACCUGUGUUUCCUUUUAAUUCGUGACUGCAACUUUACUUGUGUCACUUCUGGCUGUGAAAACGUUCUAUUCCAGCAAAGAUUUCAGCGGUUUACACUUUGAAAAACAAAAACAAAUUGGUAAUGCAGUCUUGGUGUUCUAAAUACAAUAUGUAUUUUGAGGAACAAAAUAUGCCUACUCCAGAAAUUUUCAGUAUCUUCCACUCCUGAUCACUAGUGCAAUUAUCUGGACUACUGUCUAGACUGGAACAGUGUGGAGAAUAACAUUGUAAUCUGCAUAUUUGAGUUAUAGUUCAAAAUAUAUCCUAUCACUGACAUGCAAAACUAUUGCCAACUGUGAGAUUAGUUAAAUUAGUAUUUUUGUUUACAUAGGUGUCAUCAUUGUGGAGUUUGUAAUAGCCAAAGAUGAUGCUACAGUGAGAGACAUUUUCUAUAACAGCAUAAAACAUAUUUCAGAAAGCUUUGGAGCUCCAUGGUGACAAUGUUGGCAAGGUCUUAUAUUGCGGCUAAGCUGUAAUUUAAAACUAUGCCAUUUGAUAAAUGGAAUUCACUGACUUUUGCUGUCACUUAUUAACUUGCAAAACAAAAACACAGUGGCACAUUCUUCACUGUUCAACAUUUUGAAAUGCAUUUAGUGAAAUGAAAUUUAUGUAGUGAGGGCUUUGGAUUUUUAGACUUUUCAUAUUGAUGGAUCACUUUUCACUUCUAUAAAAACUUAACAAUCCUACAUUUACAGAUUACUUGUUGCAUUACUGGUGAAUAGUUUAGAUCAUCAAUAGCUUUAAUUUCUGUAAAUUUUGGGGAAUUAAAAUUGACAUUAUUGUACAGAAUUUAGGAUUCAUCGAUAAAAUAGUAAAGCAUUCUAAUAAAAACAAGGAGCAAACCUUUUAGACAUUUAAUGGAUGAGCAAGAUAAAAUCACAGGAGAUGAUGCUGAAUAGAUGCCUUAUUUCAAUCUUUACUGAAGAGUUUAAGAAAAGAUAAAAUGGCCAAUCUGGAGAGAGAUCCCAACUGUUAAGACAGAAAGAAAAUGCUAAAUCAAUUAGCUUCAACUUGAACCAGCUGCCUCUUGCAACUCUGGGACAACCACACCAACCAACCCCACAGCCCCAUGGCUGAACAUUUUAACUCCCUCUCCCACUCUACCAAGGACAUGCAGGUCAUGGGCCUCCUCCAUUCUUACCACCUAACACCUGGAGAAAGAACGUCUAAUCUUCUGCCUUGGGACACUGUAACCACACAGGAUCAAUGUGGAUUUCAUCAGUUUCCUCAUUGCCCCUCCCUCCACAUUUAUCCCAGUCCCAGGCCUCCAACUCGGCACUGCUCCAUUGACCGGUCCUACCUGUUCAUCUUCCUUCCUUCCUUCCCACCUUUUCACUCCACCCUCCCCUCUGACCGAUCACAUCCCCAGCUACCUCCUGCCGCCCCCCCAUUUAUCUCUCAGACCCUCCUGGCCCACAAUCCUCACUCCUGAUGAAGGGCUUAUGCCAGAAACAUAGAUUCUCCUGCUUCUUGGAUGCUGCCUGACCUGCUGUGCUUUUCCAGCACCACACACUUGACUCUGAUCUCUAGCGUUUGCAGUCCUCACUUUCUAAUAUAGAUUUUGUAUUAACUGUCCUUAGUAGAUACAUUAUGUUUUUAUAUAUACACACAAUUUAAAAUAUUUUAAAGUUCUUGGCUCACUUGUGUAUUUAGGGGUAGAGGGAAAGGCAGCAGAGAGAUAGAGGAGUUGGGGAUGUAAUGUUGGUGUGCAGGGGAAACAGUAAUGACAGCAAAUAGUUUUAGCCUGGAAUGUCAAUCCUCAAACUGCUGCCACUCCAGAGGACCCACAAUCAGCAUCACAGAUGUCAAUUUGAUUCACUCUACAUGAUAUCAAGAAGCAGUUGAAGGCACUGGAUGCUGCAAAAACUGAGUCUAUAAUGACAACAUUUCAGCAAUAGUAUUGAAGGUUAAUGCUCAAAUAUUAUUGGGUACUUACACAAGCUGUUAAACCUCUGGCACUUGUAUACCAGCAUGGAAAGUUGUCAGGUAUAUCCUCUCCAUAAAAUAUAUACAUGCAGUCUGGCUAAUUACCACCCCCUAAGUCUACUCUUGAUAAUCGGCAAAGUGAUGGAAGUUAGCAUUGAUAGUGAUAUCAAGUGGUAUUUAGUCAACCCUAGCCUUCUCACAGUGCCAAGCUUGAGUUAUGCUGGGUCACUUUGCUCAAGACCUCACUGUAAUCUAGGCCCAAACAUUGACAAAAGUGCUGAACUGAGAGGAUCUGACUGAUUUUCCCAAAUUAUGAAGAAGGUAUUUGACUGAGUAUUAUUUCAAGGAAUCCUGGUAAAAUCUAGUUCAUUAGAAACUGGAAGGGUAGAGAAACUCUUCAAUGAUUAGAGUCCUAUUAAGUAUAAAGGAAGAUAGUUGUGGUUGUUAUCUGAGCCCCAUGAUAUCCUGCAGGAGAUCAUUGGGUUGUGUCCUUAACACAACGAUCAUCAGCUGCUUUAUUAAUGACACCUUCUUUCCAUUAGAAGGAAAGGAGCUUGCUGUUGAUUGCACUAUCAUUUGCAAUUCUUCAGAUACUGAAACUAUCUUUGUUCAACUCAUGCUGUUAUGAACAAUGUUCAAGCUUGGGCUGAAAAGUUGGAGUAACUUUGACUUCACACAAAGGCAAUGACCAUCUCCAACAAGAAAAGCUAACCAUCUCCCCUUGAUAUUCAAGAACCUUGUAGCGAUUGCAAUGAGGUCAGCCAGCUGGACUGUAUGCAAUAUGAGAUCCUUGGUUGGGGCUGUUAAUCUGGGACAUAUAUAAAGGGAAAUGUCAGAGAUACCUUCAUAGCUGACUCUGAAGAGGCAGUACACAACUCAAGGACUUUACAUUUGUAAAUAAAGGAUUCUGGGCUCUGUGUAAUUAUUUCAGGAAUUGCCAUCACUGCAUUCUCUGCUGUCAACAUCAACAAUGGGGUUACCAUUGACCAGAGACUGAUCUACACCUAAAUAUAAAUAUUGUAGAUAUAAGAGCAGGUCAGAAACUGGAAAUUCUCAGGCAAGUAGUCUGCACCGACUCAAAGCCUCACCAUCAGUUAUAAGACACAGUUUAAGGAUGAUGUUCACUCACCUAAUGGCUGGAACUCUAGCAACGUCCAUGAUCAUGCCCAGUCACUUGAUUGGCACCCCCAUCCGCCAGUUUAAACAUUCACUGAUGACACCGUGUCAAUAGUCUGGACCAUGUGCAAGAUGUGUGCAGCAACUCAUUGAUGCUUCUUAGUAAUUCAUUCCAUACCAAUCUACCAGUUGCAUGGAUAAGUCCAGCAAACAUGUGGGAGUGCUAUAAUUUCACAUUUCUCUCCAAACCAAACAAUGUCCAAUUUGGAAUUAUAUUGCUUUUCCUUCACUUGCUGGAUUAAAGUCCUGCAACUCCCUUCUUAACAUCACUGAGUGUACCUGCACCAAAUAGCUUUUAGCAGUUUGAAAAACUGGCUCACUAUCACCUUCUCAAAUGUGAUCAGGGAUGAACUUCACAGGAUGGCUGUACCAGUAAUACCUAUAUAUCAAUAAAAAAUAUUUUAAUGGUUGUAUAUGUGAAUUCAAUCAUAAAAGCAUCUGGUUAAUGUCUUGGUAGCACAUAAAUGAAAAUUUGACUGUCCAAUAUAAUUGAAGAAACAGACUUUGUGGCCACAGCCACUAACUAUUGCAUGGAUGAAGGCCCCUGCAGUGAAUGCCUGUGCAAAAAUGAAAUGUUCUGUGACUGGGGUGUUUUUUUUUCGGGUAUAUGCUAAACUGAUUUUUGUUAGUUCCUAUUGUAUCCCUUACUAACUCUUAAUAGAAUGUUGCUUGUAGAUUUUUUUAACAAGACAAUCACCUCCAACUAUUGUAUUGCUAUUUGCAGUCUCAUUUGAAGUUCAGCUCUAGUGCCUCAUUUUUAAUUGCCUGUACUAGCUGAUUAAUUCACUAUGACCUUUUUCCCAAAUUGUUUAAAUUAAAUUUCUCUGGAAACUGGUCUGGAACUCCCUAAUAGCAUUGUGGGUCUAGCUACAGUGCACAGACUAAUCUAUGAAGGCAAAUCAUCUUCUCCAGGGCAACUAAGAUUGGACAAUAACUGCUGUCUCAGCCAGUGACACCCACAUCCCAUGAAUGAACUUAAAAAAAGUAUUAUUGGAUAUGACAGUCACAUCAAGUUCAGAGGUCUUGGUUAGUGUGCAGGGAAAGGAGAAUUUGACCAUUUAUUAUAUCUGCAAUGGUAGGACAGUAGCUGACCAGAUGCUUAAACAGCUAUUUUAAGCGUGUUCAGCAAAACUUCUUGCUGAGAAGAAUACACUGACUUGUGUGAGAAUUUAAUAGGAGGAACAUGGUGAAUCAUUCUUUGGUUCAAUAGUUUGAUGAGUUAAAACAUUUAGUCUGAUCAGCUGGCCUUAUCUCAGCUUUAAGACUGAAUGUCUGAUACUGGACAGACAAUAAGGCUCCUGACUAAUUGAAAUGUCUGAGUUGUAAUUCUUCAUGCAGAACUGGAGGAUGUGAUACAGGAAUUGUCCUCAACUUGCUGUGAUGGUGUGAUUGGCUAUGGACAAAAAUUACGCAAAAGUGUUCUAAGGACCCCAGAAUAGUGGAAAGAUAACUUGAGGGCUGGACUUCUCUCCGUGGUGAACUGAACUAAAUAACUCUAUGUAUAAUUGGGCAUUUUUAAUUAAAGAAAACAACUUUACAGGUUAUUGCCCCUGAAGUGCAAUUUGCAUGCAACACAAGUGGUAGAGGACUUCUCAGACCAGCGUCAUGUUGACUUCAGUCUAACACUCUUCAUUUAAAGAAUUACAGUGUAGGUUUUGCUCUUUAUACUGUAUUCAACAUUCCCACCCAAAAUGGCAUUCCAAGUUGAGCUGAUAGAAAUGUACUACAAUCAGCGCUUCAUUGACUAUUCUGACAAUGAUGUUUUGCUACCAAAUCAGAAUUCUGUGAAUGAUAUUUUUACUUGUUAUAGACCAAUGGAAUCUGUUUUCAGCUUUGCUAAUUAUUUUAUUGUCACUCAUUUUAUAUUUAGAUCAAGAUUAUCAAACUAUAGCUUCAGUUUGCUUUGUAUGCAACCAUUGAAAAUGUCAAAAUUAUGUAAUAACCUGUGUAUGUAAAUAUGUAAACUCAAGUAUAUGCAAUGCCUGUCAUUUGCCUUAAAUGAGGAAAAAUGCAUUGUAAUUGCAUAUUGGUAAACUUAAGAAAAAAACAUCUUAUUUAAAUAUUUAAUUUCACUUGAUGUAAUCUGAAUUUUAAAGACAAACAUGCCACUUAGGAACCUAAUGAUAAGAUUAAUGAAUUUGAGCAAAAUUACUACACCCAAGGCACAUGCCUUACAACUAUUAACAGUAUUUAGUAAAUAAGUAAGAGAAAGGUGUUAAUGGUCAUUUUUCAGAUUAACAACAGCAAAUUACUGCACAUUGGAAAUCUUAUCUAAGAGGAAAAUCUAAUUGGUUUCUACAGAGAAUUGAUCAAUUCACUGGUGCAGUAGCUCUGAUGGUUUCUUUCUAUGUAAUUCAUGAACAGCAUGUACCUUAAAUUGUAAUUCUUAAUUAUGUAAUGUCUAAAAUUGCGUAAUGUCUAAAAUUUAUAUUCCAUCAAUCUUGUGUUCAAAAUAUUGUUCUGAUGUCCUAGAAUUGCUAAAGUACAUAAAAUCAGUCUGUUUGCUAAAUUGUUUUGCCUAUAAACUAUUCUCUACUUGUCUUAACUGUUCAAGAAUUUAUUUUGUUACAUAUGAAGGUUUUUGAAACUUGAGAUGUAUAAAGAAAUGUUUUAGUCCAAGCUCAUGAAUGUUUGUUUGACAGAAUUUCACAAAAUUGAACAAAACAAAUGAUUAAAAAAUUAAAAGUAUUGCAGAUGCUGGAAAUCAGAAACAAAAAGAGAAAUUACUGGAAAAACUCAGCAGGUUUGGCAGCCUCUGGGGAGAGAAAGCAGAGUUAACAUUUUGGCUUCAGUGACCCUUCAGAACACAAAUUGUUACAUGGAUUAUCAUGUAAAUGCUUUUAUUUUAAAUGGAGGGACCCAUUGAUUGUCUCUGGUGCUAUAUUUGCCACCACUAAAAGUUAUAAGGUUUGCCACUGCUGGGUGAAUUAUUUCUGUAAAGGACUGUCCUAGGAAUUUCAUGUGAAAAUAUAAUAGACUUCAUGACUAAGAAUGUUUGUAUUGAUUUUCUGGAUUACCUUUGGAUGUUUAAAACAAGUAGAUUUAUUAUGAAGACGUGGUGGAACUGUUUGGCUAGAUUGAUGCAUCUCUGAAAAAUUGUCAUCAACAUUGCCUGCUAAGACUGUAUAAAGCUUGUCUAUAAAGAGUUGUUCAUGAUUACCGAAAGGGGGUACAAUCGAUUUUUACAGUAAAGUUUUUUCCUUCCAAAAA